CCGUCUUCACACUCCACCCGCCAUGGGGAUGUCACAACGUUCGCGUCCUUCGGGUCCAAGAUGGGCCACGGUCUGCGGGGUAUAAGAGGUGGCCUGGGAGGAUGGUCGGAUUCCCGAGGUAAACGUUCCGUUUGCCUUACCCCCUCGCUCUUUACAAGUCCUCUUUCGCUCCGGUCUAUCAGCCACCAUGCGUGUCGCCUACCUGUCCUUCCUCGCCUACGCCCUCACUGUCCUCGGCGCGCCCGUGUUCGACUUCAGCGCCGCGGCGCAGCCCUCUGGCUCUGGCUUCCCGGGUAUGCCCGGCGGGUCGGUAAUGCCCAGUGGGAUCGCCGCGCCCGGAAACACCUUCUCUGAGCCAUCUGGCUUCCCGGGUAUGUCCUUCGGGUCGGGAGUCCCCAGUGGCGGCGCCGCACCCGGGGGCCCCUUCUCCGAGCCCUCCGGCUUCCCCGGUUUCCCCUCUGGCUCUAUGCCGACCAUCCCCGGUGGCAGCGCGGUACCGGAAAACCCCUUCUCUGAGCCUUCUGGCUUCCCGGGCUCGCCCUUCCAGCCGACGGCCUCCGCUAGCAGCGCGGCGCCCGCAAGCACCUCGUCUGCAGUCUCUAGUGCAGCAGUCCUCCCCACGCCGGUAACGGCCCGCGAGGACCCUGCCCUCGUCGGCGUUGACGUCGGUGUCAGCGUCGCCGCCGGCGUCCACGUGAAGCGCGCCAGCUCUACCGACGCUAGCGAGCCCGGUCCGACUGCCACCACUGAUUCGGUGCCCGCUCCUACUGGCACCGAUGUCAGCUCUACGGACUCUAGCGAGCCUGCUCUGACCGACACCACCGCCGCGCUCGCUCCCACCGGCACCGAUGCCAGCUCUACGGACUCCAGCGAGCCUAGUCCGACUGACACCAACGCGCCUGCUCCUACCAGCACCGAUGCCAGCUCUAUGGACCCCAGCGCACCCGCGGACGUCGAGGCCCUGCUCGCGCAGCUCCUAAUGUCCGUCGGCGAGCUUAUAAACGACAUCACGGGCCCCGAGGGCACCCUUCCUGGUAUCCUUGGGGACGUUGGCAACCUCGUUGCUGAAUUGACCAGCGUGGGAUCCAGCGCGGGCUCGUUGACUGGCCCGGGGUCGUCUGGCAGCAGUGGCGACGGUGCUAGCGUCGAUGUUCAUGCUGGUGUUGGCGUGCACGCGAACGUCGACUCGGUGGCCAGCUCGGGCCUAUCGUCCCCUGUCUUGAAUGUCCUAAAGAUGCUCGACGGAACGAUGGAGGACCUCGUGUCACGGCUUUCGAACCUGUAAGCGGUGCGUUGUGCAUCCAACAUUGUCCCCCCAUCUCCACUCGGAACGCUCAGUGCUUCCGAGGCCUCACCUGCUGAUCAUGACUCUUUUGCCUGUAAUUUGUUUUGAUACUUGCGUUCGUGGGAGAGUGUCGUCAUACCUUUGAUC